AUGAACGCAUUCUCGGUUUGUAGAGAAUGGGAAGCAACUGCCCUCAAAGUAAAUAAGGAUGUGAAGUUAGCACUUAUUCGCACAGGUGUUGUGCUUGGCAAAGAUGGCGGUGCUUUAGGUAACAAAGCUUCUCCUGCCUCACACAUAGUUACACCUUUGAGCUUCUGCAGCUAA